AUGAGCACCGCCGCAGCUCGCCAAGCCGGCGGGUCGUCGUCGCAGCAACGCGCCUACUCUCAGCCCGGUGUCGCCAAACCUCCAGCACCACGGGCUCAAGCAGGGCAGGCGCAAGGGCGGGCCAGUGCCAGGGUGGGCGCACGGCAGUACUGGAGUCGCGUCUUUGGCGGUCCUCACUUCCUCGACCCGGGUCCCUCGAACCGCCUCGUCCUGUCGAUCCGCUCCGGCAUCGCCGCCGACAUCGACUUUGGCCUCGACCGCCUCGUCCAGGUCACCUCUGUCGACCCCGACCUCGUCCGCCUCGGCGAGAUGACCGGCCUCCUCGACGGCUGCCUCGCCCUCAUCAGCGACUAUGUCGAGCGCCGGCGCGCCGACCGGGCCCGCGGCGUCCCGGCGUUCGGCGCCCUCGUCGGCGACGACUCGCGCGACGUCCUGAGGCGGCGAGCGGGAGAAGCCGCCCUCAUCCUGCGCAACCUCGCGCCCGAGUCGCGCAGCCGCGAGCCCCUCCUCACGAGCCGCAAGCUCAAGAAGGCCAUCUGCGACGUGCUCGACGAGGGCGAGACGGGCGCGCUCGACGUCGACGAGACGACCGAGAUCCGCCUGUGCCUGCUCGACGUCCUCGAGUGCGUCGCCGAGCACAUCCCGCUCGCCCUCCCCGGCCACGCGAUCGCCAUCACGGCCGAGGAGGAGGCCGACGAGGAGCGCGCCGCGCCCAAACCCGAGCCGGCCGACUCGCCCUCGGUCCGCCUGUUCCCGCUCCUCGUGUCGCUCACGCGCACAAAGGACCGCGCCCUCAUCCUCGCCGGCUUCCGGUGCCUGUCGGCCCUCGCGCUCAACGACAAGUCCGACUCGGUGUUUGCCCUCCUCACCUACGAGGCCGUCCCUCCCCUCCCGAAACCGCACCCGCACCCGAUCCAGACGGCCAUCGAGCUCCUCCCGCUCGCCGACGCCGAGCUCAACCUCGCCAUCCUCGAGUUUGUGUACCAGCACACGCUCCUCCCGUCCAACGCGGCCCUGCUCGCGACCCGCCCCGAGCUCCUCGGCAUCCUGCGCCUCUUGUGCGCCAAGUUUCACGUCGGCUCGCGCGUCGAGGAGGUCGAGAUCGACCUGGGCGUCGUCCAGUCCGAGGCCAAGACGUACCGCGACUCGCACGGCGCCGUCAAGCACCCGCGCAAGCCGUCGGCGCUCGUCGCCGCCAAGGGCAACCUCGUCACGCGCGAGGAACUCGCCCAGCUCGUCUCGCUCCCGGAACCGUCUCGAGCCCUCACCUGGAUGCGCCUCGUGUACGAGGUCGACCCGCAGUCGGACGUGUCGCAGGUCGCGCUGUGGCAGACGUACCAGGCCCAGUGGGCGCCGCACAUGGCACCCGGCGUCUCGCCCAUGAUGCCCGCGAGCGACGUCAUCAAGGUGUCGCAGCAGGCCAUCCCGGGCGUCCAGCCCAUGGUCAUCGAGGCCGGCGCCGAGAAGAGAUUCGUCAUUCGCGGCUUGCGGCUCAAGGAGCGCUCAGAGCUCCUCGGUCGUCACCGCUGCCGCUGGGCCGGAUGCACCUCGGCGCACGCGCUCGACUCGGCUCGGGCGUGCUACCACCACAUCUACUCGGCGCACCUCGCCACCUCGCCACCUCCCUCUUCCUGCGCGUGGCACAAGUGCGCCUACGCGUCGACCCAGACCGAGCCUGCCCUCAUCCUCGCCGACCUCGCGCUCCACACGCGCACGCACCUCGCCCCCCUCGACCCACCUUCCUCCUCGUCCACCUCGCCGAGCGACGACCCGACCGCGCCGCUCCUCGACCUGUCGCACAUCCUGCACCACGCGCGGUACCACACGUACGCCGGCGACGCGACGGCGCCCGGCGCGCCCUCGCCCGCCGACGCGCACCCGGUCCAGGGCGUCGGCUACUUUGCCGCGCUGAGCGUGCGCAACCUGGCCCGCAUCGCCAAGCUCGCCGUCGACGCUGCGGCGGCUGGUGGUGCGGGAGCCGGGGGAGCGGGAGAAGGAGGAGCAUCAGGAGGAGGAGGAGGCAAGGGCGCGAGCGGCUCGGUCCUCGUCGCGAGCGGCAACAGCGCCAUCGGGCGCCUCGCGGGCGAGCAGCAGUCGAUCUUUGAGGCGUUUGCGGCGGCCGCCGAGGGCUGGUCGUCGACGACGACAAAGGACGGCGACGUGUUUGCGCGCCUCGACAAGGUCGACUUUGCCCACGCGCUCCCGCUCGCCGAGGCCCUCGUCGCGCUCCAGCCGACCCUCAACGCGACCGUCAUGAGCGACGUCGCGCUCGGGAGGGUCUUGAGCGAGGCUGUCCUCCAGGUCGAGGAGGUCAGGAGGGCGCUGCUCAAGCUGAGGCCGGUUGACGGGCAGGCGGCGGCGGCGGCGGUCGAAGCGGGCGAGGGCGAGGGUGAGGGCGAGGACGUGCGCAUGGAUGAGUAGAUGCGUCUGCAACGUCGAGCGGGUCUACUUGC